UGUUGAAUACAGUACCCAGGCAAGAAUUGUAUGAAGCAUGCACGAGGGCCAACAAAAUCGAGUUCUUCCUUCCAAUCUAGUGCAAUAGUUUUCCCGGCCUUACAGCUCUAGUGUUAAGUGGGAUUAGAAAGCCCUGUUUAUUAAUACUUCCGCGCAUCUCCGAUUCAAAACUCAACCCAUAGGAUCAAAGCCCGAAUUAAUUGCGAUGGUAGGCCACAUGGCCUAAAAUUACUGACUCGGGCAGGGCACCUAGGACACGACAAAACCCCCAAGCCAGGGUUUUAUUGUAACGCUGAGCCAUUAUAGCAGGCCAAAGGGCUUCAUGUCAAUGAAUCUACCAGCGGUAGAUCGAGGACAACAGAUCUUGGAUCGUUUGGAUCGCAUGAUGGAGGAGGUGCGACAAGUCCACAUUCGAUUAGGGACAAUGGAGACGCGGAAUGCGGCUCGGGACUCGAACGCGUUUGCGCGUGUGUUGAACAGUCGACAGCGGAAGCCGGAAGAUCCAUUGCAACCAUUUCGGGCGUUGGAUACGAACGAAGAGAUUGUUUUAUUUCCUAGGACCGUGAGGGAGAUGACAUCGUUAUCUGUCGAGACGGUGACGGACAUUCUACAGUUGCUAGGAGAGUCGACGCAGGGGAACGUGACGCAGAAGAGACGACGGUUGAAGUUGUUUACCGGAGUCGUCACGUUGGAUGUGUAACGGGCCCUGGGGGACAGGAAGGAGUGUCACACCUGUGUGCUAAUGUUCUGUAUUCCUCUCGUUCUCGAUAGUCUAUAUGCGUAUCUUCUUUUCACCCAUGAGAUGCCUUCGCUGUCAUUUGCUUUCUUCCGAUAAGAAUGUCCACCGCCGGAUAUUAUAAACAUCUUGUGAUGCUUUGUGACAGCUUACCGUCAGGUCAGGGAAUUGAACAGGCGACCUGCAGGUGUGGCAGGUGCGCGGCUGGUGCAUGUGCGGCAGCCAGCGCAGGCGCGGGGCAGCCCCUACAGCUGUUAGCAGGUUAUGCCUACCGACGUCCUAAUACGUAGUUUUAAAUUGAAGCGACCGCUACCUAGGUACCUAGUGUAUAAUUUGGAAAUAACUCAAGAGUAGAUAGUAUGCAUCGUCUUGAUUUGCUAGAAAAAGCGAGAAAACUGGGAUAUGGAUGGAAGAAUCUACACCUUAGGUAGGUAAUAGACGGACGGGUAACCUAAUACAAAGUUAUUGAUUGGUGUGUAUCGCAUCAUCCAGCAAAAGAUGUUCGUAGAAUUGUAUUCAAAAAUAAACCAUACAAGUUUUCCC